UUGUCGCCAGUAUUACUACACAACCACCCAGAUAUUCAGGAAGCAAUCAUUUACAUACAGUUUACAAGAAUCUAGUGGGAGUUCCAGCGUACUUUGACCUCUGGUCCAUGAACGCAACACACUAUUCAGCGUGAAACUGUAAAAAGUUGGCUCCUCCCAGGUUUUACAGUUAAAAGUACACUCGGUUUAAACGUAGAGGUUCCAUAACGUCCAAAAAGAGUACCAAGCUUUGUUUUUAAAGGUCCAGAGCAGAAGUGCUGCUUCCGGGUUCGCCCGGCUUCUGUUCUGCACGGUUUAACCCGGUAUCGUAUUAGUAGUCGGUAGCAGAGCGGCAGAAGCGUUUCUGCUCUGACACCAUGAAGGGCUCAUGCCUCCCAUUCUUUGUGCUGCUGCUGCUGCUGGAGAUGAGCUGUGGGUCUCCCCAAAAAAGCAGCAAGCCCAAUUUUGUCCUCAUAAUGGUGGAUGAUCUGGGAAUUGGAGACCUGGGCUGCUAUGGCAAUAAAACCCUGAGGACGCCUCAUAUCGACAGGCUGGCUGAGGAAGGGGUGCGGCUGACCCACCACAUCGCUGCAGCCUGCGUCUGCAGCCCCAGCAGGGCGGCCUUUCUCACCGGACGCUACCCCGUUCGCUCAGGUAUGACUGGUCAGGCCAGAAGCGGGGUCUUUCUGUUCACGGCUGCGUCUGGAGGCCUUCCCAGCCAGGAGGUCACCUUUGCCAAGCUCGCCCAACAACAAGGCUACGAGACGGCUCUCAUAGGUAAGUGGCACCUUGGUCUUAACUGCAACCACAGCGAGGAUCACUGCCACCACCCCAGCAGCCACGGCUUCAGCUAUUUCUUCGGCAUCCCGUCGACCCACCUGCGGGACUGCCAGCCCGGACACGGCACCAUCUUCCAACUGCACAAAUACCUGCCAUUCAGGACCAUCGCGCUGGUCCUGCUCACGGCAGCGUUCCUGCACUGGGUCGGCGUUAUGGUGAUCAGGAGAGGGCUGCUCCUGGGUCUGCUGGCUCUGUUGACCCUGGUCAUCGGGGUCGUAGCGGCCCUGAUCGCGACGUUCCCGUACUUGAACUGCCUCCUCAUCAGGAAUCACGACGUCGUGGAGCAGCCGUACGCGUCUGAGAACCUGACGCAGAGGAUGACUGAUGAAGCGGUGGGAUUCAUAGAGAGGAGCUCGGCGGCGCCGUUCCUGCUCUUCUUCUCCUUCGUCCAGGUGCACACAGCUUUGUUUGCUUCCGCCGCCUUCCGAGGAACGAGCCGCCACGGCGUCUACGGCGACGCCGUCCACGAGGUGGACUGGAGCGUGGGUCAGAUCGUGCAGACUCUGCACAGACUGCACCUGACGGACAACACUCUGGUUUACCUGACUUCAGACCAUGGGGCUCACCUGGAGGAGAUCUCAGCAAGAGGAGAGGUCCAUGGAGGCUGGAAUGGGAUUUAUAAAGCAGGGAAGUCCACAAAUUGGGAAGGAGGCAUCCGGGUCCCGGGCAUCCUGCGUUGGCCUGGCAGAAUCCCCAGUGGCGCACAGGUAGACCAGCCCACCAGCAACAUGGACGUGUUUCCCACCGUGGUGCGGCUGAGCGGCGCGUCGAUCCCGCAGGACAGGGUCAUCGACGGCCACGACCUGAUGGAUCUGCUGCAGGGGAGAGCCGACCGGUCCGAGCACGAGUUCCUGUUCCAUUACUGCAACUCCUACCUGAACGCGGUCAGGUGGCAGCCGAGGAACAGUUCCUCGGUGUGGAAGGCGUUCUACUUCACGCCGAACUUCCACCCAGAGAACGGGACGGGCUGUUUCCACACGCACAUCUGCUUCUGCAGCGCGGCCUACGUGACCCACCACGACCCCCCGCUGCUCUUCGAUCUCACCAGGGACCCGUCGGAGAGCGCGCCGCUGAGCCCCGCCACCGAGCCGGCCUUUCACGCCAUCCUGGGCGCGAUGGCGGAGGCGGCCGAGAGGCACCGGCGCUCGGUGGAGCCUGUGCAGAGCCAGCUGUCCCCGUGGAACGUGCUGUGGAAGCCCUGGCUGCAGCCCUGCUGCUCGUCGCUCGCCCGGCUCUGCCAGUGCCCGCGGGAACAGUAGCGUCACAUCACGUCACGGCUUCCGUGCGACGGUGAAACGGCCGCGCGUCUUUUAUUGCACCUGUUGUUUAUUAGCAGGCUGAGUCGCUAUUUGAACUAAAGCAAGAGUCAGAUUGAAGGUGCACAGCGUUAUCAGAAGUUUUGUUUUUUGGGCAGAGCAGGGUGUCCACGCACGCCGGCCGUGGAACGCAGCCAACGUCCUGAAACGGUGUGGAGCCUCUAAACAGAUACCUAAUAGAUUUUGGUAACAUUCAUACAUAACAUUCAAGUGUGAAAUUUUGAAAUAACUACAUUUUUAAUCUGGAAUUCUGUCCAUAGUUCUAAUAACGUUCUCUUCUUGUGAAGCAAAGCACAUUAAUUAACAAGAAUGAGUCACCAUAACUGUUUUACUCUAAGAUCAACAUCAUAUGUUAACAAUGUAACAUAAUGACAUUAAAAUGACAUUGGAAAUUUACUUUAAAUAUUUAAAUGAGGUAGAAACAAUUUCAAAAUUUUUUUUGAACUUAAUGCUUGAUUUUCUAGGUUAAGUCUUUGUUGUACAGACUGUUUUUCAUUACAGAUUUUAAACAACUAAUUAUAUUGUCAUUGGUUGCAGCUUGAUUCAAAUGGUGGAGAUGUGUGAAUGCUACGUAAUUAGCAUUUAAUUAGUGAACAUUUUUCGGGUGCUGUGAUGAAUGUUUGUGUUACUGGGGAUGAUUGUGUGAUCGUUGCUUAUAGUGAUGAGCCUACUAAGAAUUCUCACCAUCCAGUCAGUUACGCAGAGCUUUUACCAGCUUUCAGCUCAUUAAAGUCAGUCAUACAGCAGCUACCCAACCUGUUCACGGUGGUUUCUAAGCUUAGAAAGCAGCAUUUUUAGUAACAUACCACAUGUUUCAUUUACUGUAUAUUGUUUGGAUUUGUUAACAGAGCUGCUCAUUGAUGUGUGUUGGGUCACUUUGAUCAGGACAAACAAACUACUCAUAUUACUACUAACUACUAAUAUUUUAGAUUGUGCGAUAUUUUGGGAAAGGUGAUUUUUACUUUAUGUACAUAGGCUUCAUUCUGAUACUGUAAAGUACCUGUUUACAUCACAAAAGGCGUGAGAAUAAAAGAAACACAUGAAUCUGGUGCA